UUUUGUAAAUGGAUGACUAUUUUGGGGCGAAUAUUUAUAGUGGCAUGCGUGAGGAAGGGAGUAAGAAAGAAGACCAUAACGACUCCUAAAAGUCUAAAAAGCUUCAAAGUCAAAACAGAAGCAAUGUUGGAAAACUCAUUGUUGUUGCUUCCUCGUUUAUUCUUUAGCUUCUCCAUCCCACAGAACUAUUUGUUUUGCCAAAAUGAGCACAACACCCGGACAUUUGUCUCCAAAAUUUAUUCCUGCUGAAAAGAGUGAAAUUACUUCAGUAAGUAAAUUAGAUGGUUUUAAGUUCAGUUUUGUAUCAUAUAACAUUUUGUCGCAGGCAUUUGUAAAGGGUGCUGCUCUGUUUCCACAUUCCCCAGGGCCUUGUCUCAAGUGGAAAGCCCGUUCACAGGCAAUCCUGACAGUUCUCAAGAGCUUCAAGGCCGAUUUCCUUUGCUUACAGGAAAUGGAUGAAUAUGAUAGCUUCUAUAAAAGUAAUAUAGAGAGUGGUGGCUAUUCAAGUAUCUACGUCCAAAGAAGUGGGAAGAAGCAUGACGGAUGUGGGAUCUUUUAUAAGCAGGAUAGUGCAGAGUUGGUCAUUGAAGAAAAGAUAGACUACAAUGAUCUUGUACCCUCAAUUCAAGAUGAUACCGCUUCUGUGGAUAAAGAGGAGAAUUUACCUGCUGAUGGAAAGAAAAAAUUAGCGUCAAAAUGUGUGUUGGCAGCAGAGCCAGAUCCGGGAUUUCAAGAGGAUGGAUGCGCUAUUACAAAGAGGUGGAUUCAACAAUUACAUUCAGAUGUCAAUUUGCAAAACAGUCGAGCAGAUCGUGGAGACCUAAAUGAUCCUCGUGUUAGAUUAAAACGUGACUGUGUGGGUGUAAUGGCUGCCUUCAGGCUGAAGGAUCCUUGUCAUUUUAUCAUUGUCACCAACACGCACAUUUGCUGGGAUCCGGAAUUGACCGAUGUCAAACUUGUGCAAGCUAAAUACUUGCUUUCACGCUUAGCUCAAUUCAAGUUACAAGUAUCUGACAAAUUUAAUUGCUCGCCUUCUGUGGUUGUUGCUGGUGAUUUCAACUCCCUUCCUGGGGAUCAGGUAUAUCAGUACCUUAUUUCAGGUUCCUCAGUAAUGGGAACUUUGCCAGAGAGCUCAGAUGAUGUGCCCAUUCCAUUGUGCAGUGUAUAUGCAAGUACCAGAGGAGAACCACACUUCACUAACUGCACUCCUGUAUUUACUGGAACAAUAGAUUACAUAUUAUUUUCUCCUUCAGGGGAUAUCAAACCAGUCAGCUAUCUCGAACUUCCAGAGCCCGGAGCGUCAGAUGUACAAGGUGGCCUACCAAAUUACUAUCAUCCUAGUGAUCAUCUCCCAAUUGGUGCUGAAUUUGAAAUAGUUCAAUAGUUUCGUGGUUUACCAUCUCCUAUAGCGGUUGUACUUAUUUUAUGGAUCGUGAGGUCAUUUUUCUUAACAGAGUCAAUCAAAUUGUUUGGUUGAUGUCAUGAUGUGAAUUUCACUGUCAUACUGGGAAUAUAAUCAUGCUUUCACUUUCAAGCCA